UUUUGUUGGCCAGGGAAGCAGUCCCGCGUCUUUUAUAUUUGUUUACUUUUUUCCAUUUGUGAGCAAGGCAAGUGUGCAGCUGGCUGGCGACGUUAAAAACGUUUUCGCACCAGCAUCCUAUUUUCUUUUCUUUUACAUUUUUGUUAUCACGAGGCUAGAAGCAUGUUUAGGUUAUCGUGUUGUUUGAAACGACGUUGCAGUAUUUCGUCAAAGUGUUCUAAAAUUUUGGGAAAUAGUUUUAAUACGUACAUUCGGCCGUCAACGAUGACUGUGCAACAACAGAAUCGAAAUGGUUCGAAUCUAUCCAUGCUUAAUAUAAACCCUGCAGUCAUAGCAGUUGAAUAUGCAGUAAGAGGCCCCAUUGUCAUCAAAGCAUCUGAAAUUGAACAAGAACUUAUUGAGGGUGUUAAAAAACCAUUUGAUCGUGUCAUUAAAGCUAAUAUUGGAGAUUGUCAUGCUAUGGGACAAAAACCUAUCACCUUUAUUCGACAGGUCAUUGCUGCUUGUACAUACCCUCCGUUAAUUGACCAAAAUAUUUUCCCAGCUGAUGUAAAAGAACGGUCCAAAGAAAUACUCAGUUCAAUCAAUGGAAGCACAGGCUGUUAUAGUGCUUCUAGCGGGCUAGACAUCGUACGAAAGCAUGUUGCUAGUUUCAUUGAGAAAAGAGAUGGUUACCCUUGCGAUGCAAAAAACAUAAUAAUCACAAAUGGUGCCAGUUCUUCUGUGAAGUUACUUUUAGAAUUAUUUCCAAAUGAUGAGUUAAAAACUGGUGUCAUGAUUCCAAUUCCACAGUAUCCUCUGUAUUCAGCUACUGUUGAUGAGUUUUGCAUGCAGCAGGUUGGAUACUACUUGAAUGAAGAAAAGAAUUGGGGUUUGGAUAUCACAGAAUUAAAAAGAUCUUUAGAUGAAGCUAAGAAGACUUGCACUCCUCGUUUAUUGUGCGUUAUUAAUCCUGGUAAUCCAACCGGGCAAGUUUUAUCGUAUGACAACAUAAAAGAGAUCAUACAGUUUGCGAAAGAUGAAGGUCUAUUUCUCCUUGCGGAUGAAGUUUAUCAAGAUAACAUCUAUGAUGAAGGGUGUGAGUUCCAUUCAUUCAAAAAAGUGUUACACGAUAUGGGAUCUAUUGAUGAUUUUCAAAUGGCUUCUUUUCAUUCAUGUUCCAAAGGUUUUAUGGGAGAGUGUGGUUUAAGAGGUGGUUACGUUGAAGUUCUUGGUUUAAGUGAUGAUGUGCACUACCAGUUGAAUAAAUUACAAUCCGCACAACUUGGUUCGAACGUAACUGGACAGAUUGCAAUGGACUGUAUAGUGAAUCCUCCAAAAGAAGGAGAACCAUCUUAUGAAUUGUUUAUGAAGGAAAAAACAGCUGUUUUAUCCUCUUUAAAAGCACGUGCUGAAGUAGUUUUCAAUGCAUUGAAUAAAAUUGAAGGUGUAAGCUGCAAUCCAUUGUCUGGUGCUAUGUACGCUUUUCCUCAGAUUCACCUGCCAGAGAAAGCUAUUAAUAAAGCAAAGUCGCUGAAGCAAGAGCCGGAUUUCUUCUACUGUCUAGCGUUACUGGAACAGACUGGCAUUUGCGUUGUACCUGGAAGCGGUUUUAGACAAAAACAAGACAGCUACCAUUUUAGAAUGACCAUCUUACCUCCCAUGGAAGAAUUGGAAAUCUUUUUAGAAAAAUUCAAACAGUUUCAUGACAAUUUUAUGAAGGAGUAUCAAGAUUAAAUAAAAUUGUAAUUGUGUAAUGGAUUUCUUAAAAAAAAUAGAUGACGAAAAUAGCCUUUGGUUAUGAGAAUAUAAAUUUGACGGCUCCCUGGUUGGGUUCAGUUGAAGACUGAUUCUUUGUCUUAACAGAAUGUGUUUUAUAUAAAUACAUAUUUAUAUAACAGUUUUUUAAAACUUAUCAGUGUAUCUAUAUCUACAUACAUAAUUAUUUAUGGAACUGGACUUCAAGUAGUCAAGCAUUGAAGCACCUAACGUAACUUUUAGUGUUGACAACACCGUGAUGUAACGACUUAACAAGUGUACGUCAGAUGUGUUGGAAUGAGAACGCACGCUGCAGUUGGUUGUUAUAUUUAGGGUGGUCACCCGUACUAAAAAUCAUAAAAAUCUUAGAUCUACUAGAAUUUUAUUUUGUACUGAGAAUUGUAUUGGAAAUUAACUGGAAAAUGUAUUGCGAUGUAGCUGACUUUUUUGAAGUUACUAAAAAGUGAAUACUUGA